CUGUUGGCUUCACCCAGAAAAGGGAUUUGUAUGGGGCUUCCUUGGACCAGUCUGUGCCAUCUUCUCUAUCAAUUUAGCUUUCUUUCUGAUGACUCUCUGCAUUUUGAAGAACAAGCUCUCCUCCCUCAACAGUGAUGUGUCUACCCUCCAGAACACAAGGAUGCUGACAUUUAAAGCAACAGCUCAGCUCUUCAUCCUGGGCUGCACCUGGUGCCUGGGCAUCUUACAGGUGGGCCCAGCUGCCCAGGUCAUGGCUUACCUCUUCACCAUCAUCAACAGCCUGCAGGGGGUCUUCAUCUUCCUGGUGUACUGCCUUCUCAGUCAGCAGGUCCGGGAGCAAUACAGGAAGUUAUUCAAAGGGAUCAGGAAACUGAGGACAGAAUCUGAGACAUACACGUUUUCAAGCAGGGUCAUGUCUGACGCCUCCAAACCCAGCGUGGUAAGAUCACUUGACUAA